UCCAAUACUAAUAAUAGUAUGCAUAUAUUAGCAUCUGAGGCUGAGUAAGGGGGCAGUUCACUCUGGGCACGCUAUUCAUCCAAAGUGAAAAUGUUGCCCCCUAUCCCAAAUAAGUUUUUGAAACAUAGUGGCGGGUCAAUUUUGACCCUAAAGACAACACAAAGGUUAAAAUAACAAAGACAAUAAAUGUUUUUGUGAAGUUCCUUAAAUGUGCUGUGAAUGUUCCUAAGUCAAGCAAGUAUCCAGCACCAAUCCCAGAAAGUUGUGGGAAGGCUGUAUGCUAAAUAAGCAUAGGACAAAUAGUUCCCAGAACGUUAUGUGCUAGCUGGGGGUACUCCAAACUAUCCAGACACUGCAUUAGAAAAUAGGAAAUGCGGUAUAUAUACGCUUCAGAAUAAACUUAUGAAACCUACAAACUGUUAUAAUAAUCCACAUUUUCUGCUGUCUCGCUGUGUGUGUGUGUGUGUGUGUGUGUGUGUGUGUGUGUGUGUGUGUGUGUGUGUGUGUGUGUGUGUGUGUGUGUGUGUGUGUGUGUGUGUGUGUGUGUGUGUGUGUGUGUGUGUGUGUGUGUGUGUGUGUGUGUGUGCGAGCGCGUGCGCAUGCGUGUGCGUGUGUGUGUGUGUGUUAAAAGGUCACUUCUCUGAGCGCUCUCAUUAUAUCGUUAUGUCAGGGAGAUGUACUAGUGAAGGGAAAUGGCUUGCAGCAAAAACAUAAACAAGCUUCUCAUGGGAAGAAAAGCUGAAGUAGAUCCACUGGUGCUGCAGAUAAACGUUGUGCCCAUCCAUCUCUCCCUGCCAUCCUAAGCCACAAACACUACUUGUAGCUUAGUGGACCAAAGGGCUUAAGGAAUUUCUCAGGAAUGUUAAUCUUGUCUAUGCAUUAUUAACUAUAGAAGAGCUUCUUAGCCAGUACAUAACAUUCUGCCAAAAUACUUUAUAUAUUGGUAUUUCAUUACAUUAACAGAAAGUUUCCUAAAAAUUCAAACAUUGUUACAUUUAAUUUCAAUUUUGGUAAUAUUUCGGGAAUGCUCUCAGACUGGUUUGACAUUGGGAAUGUUCUGAAAUAGUUCAGAGAACAUUAGGAAACAGUGUUCUUCUAUGGGAAUUUCAGCAUUUCAGCAUAACCUUUCCUACAGGUUUCCUCUUGGUUCUAUCAACUUGUUCCAAGAACAUUAAGAAACCUUCCAUCAAAACCACAAUAAAACUUUAGUAACUUUCAGAUAACAUUCUAAGAAUGUUAUUUAAAAACAUAUAGGCCAAUUUUCCAUUCUCAGCAUCAACAAAACUCUCUCUAUCCUUAAUCUUGUUAAGUAUGUUAAGGGGAGUUGGGCGCGCUCACUAGUUGACCACACCUGAUCUUAAUAAGUGUUUGUUUCCUUUGAAAUGGGGUCUGUUUGAAUAGACUAAAAUGAACAGCUUUGUAUGCUUAAAAAAACAUGGUAUGAUAGCUCCAUCCUGGUGCCAUAGUAGACUUAUUCCAUGGAUAAAACCAGAAGGUUUAAGGUUUGAAUCUCACUGAUGCUGUGCUUGUCACAAAAAACAAAAUGUUUGCGUGAUACAUGGCUAAGGAAAUACAUUUCCAUGAGUCCUAUCUGUGCUUCAAUAAAGUUAACCCCAAAGAAGCUAACAGUGUUUUUGAAACAUUUAAGGAAGUUAUUAAAACAUGUCUAAAUAACCUCAGGGCAUUAAUAACACCUAAGACGUUCUCAUAACCUCCCUGCAACCUAAAAUAAGCAUUCCCUGUGGAUGCAACAUUUUCACUUAUUUUCUCAUAAUGUUUAAAAAACGUUACAUUUUGCUGUUCAGGAAACUUAUGGAUUUGUUCCCACAACCAAUGUGAAACCAAAAACAUACGUUCCCACAACUUCCAAGAAACCAAAUGUGUUAGCGGGGUUGCGAUGCUAUAAACAAACAAAGUGAAGAUAGACGCGAUUCCAAUUCAAAGUGGACACACCAAUGUAAAUAUUUACCUCAUACAAUCUUGAGUUCCUCAUUGUAAUCAUGAUUAAUUGGGAUGAACAAGAAAGGAAAGGUCACCUGAUAAAAAGUGUUGACUGAAACUGCUUUGUUCAAAACAGUGUUUUGGUCUUCUCUUUAGGCAUACCCAUAAACAGUGCAUUCGGAAAGUAUUUUCACUCCCCUUGACUUUUUCCAUAUUUUUCUACGUUACAGCCUUGUUCUAAAAUGUUUAGGCUCUGUUCUGUGGUGCUAACUUUACCAAAAGGCCUCAACUGACAGGUUCUGCUAUCCUCCUGAGGGAACUCCACUCUGACCAUGAGGGACCGUCUGGAGGAGCUGCGUCAGAGGGCCCAGGAGUUCCGGGAGGCAAGAAACAAGGCAGAUGAGACCCCAUUCCCUGAGGAAGACCCUGACUCAGAUGACCCAGCGUGGGUUAAUGUCGCCACCCGGCAGCAGGCUGUGGUGUUUGAGAAGGAACCAGUCCUGGACAACUUCCUGUCCGAGGCUCAGCAUAUCCGCGGUGACAUCACUGAGCUCGAAACCGAGGUGAAGAAGUUUAGCCAGCAUCAAAGGAGCCUGGUGGCAGCCAUGCGUCGUUUCAGUGUGAUGAAGAAGGAGAGCAGUGUGACGAGGGACAUCAAGCUGCAGGCAGAGAGCAUCCACAGACGGCUGGACGCCCUCUCCAAGAAGGCACUGAGUUUAGAAGACAUGCAGGGACUAGCUACAGCCACUACACGCAUCCAACGCUCCCAACACGCAGCACUACACAGACAAUUCCAGCAGGUGAUGCGUUUGUACAACGACUCCAUUCUCAAUAAACAGGAGCGGUGUAAACACUUCAUCAUCCGGCAGCUGGAGGUGUCUGGUCGCGACGUCACCGAGGAGGAAGUGGACGAAAUGGUUUCUGCGGGGAAGUGGGAGGUGUUUAACCAGAACCUCCUAAACAAUGAACGAAUCACACGCUCUAAGCUGUCUGAGAUCGAGCAGAGACACAAGGAGCUGGUGAAUCUGGAGAGCAACAUGAAAGAGCUGAGAGAUCUGUUCAUGGAUGUCUUUAUGUUGGUGGAGGAGCAGGGAGACUACAUAGACCACAUCCAGACCAGCGUAGAGAAGACACAGGACUAUGUCACCGUCAGUAACGAGAAGUUUAAAAUGGCUGCCAGGUACAAGAAAAAUAACCCUUUGAGGAGGCUGUGCUGCUGUUGCUGCCCCUGGAGGUGAUGCACAUAUAGGAAAGACUGGAGACUGGAGAUGCCCCUGGAGGUUUUUCAGAUGGGGAGAGGAAGAGUUCUGGAGAGUCUGCAGGUGGCAUUUCACUUAUAAGAAUCUUCAGAUUCUUAUAUCAGGCCUUCGUAGUCGAAUUGCUGCAAAGAAACCACUACUAAAGAACACCAAUAAGAAUAAGAGACCUGCUUGUGCCAAGAAACACGAGCAAUGGACAUUAGACCAGUAGUAAUCUGUCCUUUGGUCUGAUGAGUACAAAUUUGAGAUUUUUGUUUCCAACCUCCGUGUCUUUGUGAGUCGCAGAGUAAGUGAACAGAUGAUCUCUGCAUGUGUGGAUCCCACCGUGAAGCUUGGAGGGGAGGUGUGAUGGUGUGUGGGUGUUUUGCUGGUGACACUGUCAGUGAUUUAUGUAGAAUUCAAGGCUCACUUAACCAGCACGACUACCAUAGCAUUCUGCAGCGAUACGCCAUCCCAUCUGGUUUAGUGGGACUAUCAUUUGUUUUUCAGAUGACCUGGCCUCCACAAUCACCUGACCUCCACCCAAUUGAGAUGGUGCUCAGCAUAUG